AUGGUCCGUCAACGAACGCUGUGGACCAUAGUGGCUUCAGGCACAGUGACCGGCUUGCUUGCUCACCAGACUGUUUCCUUUGAACGCUCAGCGGACUUGUACGGAACGCCUGCUACCAGGCAGGCUGCGCCUUGGGCUCGCACUGCUCUCGAAACCCUGCCGCUACGUCUUCUCUCCCGUGCGCUAGGUGCCGUGAGUCGCGUCUACUUACCAAAGGCAACUCGACGAACCUUGCUCUCCACGUACUGUGCGUGUUUACCUGCCUGUCAGCUAGAUGACAUACGUGAUCCCUUGGAGACGUUUCCAACACUGGCCGCUUUCCAGCAGCGACAGCUGAAGCCAUCAGCGAGACCUAUCGACUCGAAAGCGAGCCUCGUAGCGCCCUGCGAUGGUCGCUUGCUCUCCUGUGGCCAGGUAGAGAGCGGGGCUCUGCUUCAACCCAUCAAGGGCAUUCGUCUAUCUAUGAGAGCCUUGCUGGACUCCACGGAUGAACGGGAUCCUUUGGUACGAGGACCCAUCAUGGUAGAGGUUGCCACUACCGAAACCCUAGGUUUGUCACGAACUCGCGGCAGCACUGAGCUCAACAGCAAAACAAUGAGCAUGAAGAGUAACCAUACCGCAAUCCAACCGGAUACCGAGGCCAAGGCGCUCUAUUAUGCAGUUUUCCAUUUGCCCGCUGGUGGCUAUCAUCGCUUCCAUUCACCUGCACGGUGGGAUAUUGAGCUGCGGCGGCACGUCGUUGGCCAGCUUUUACCAGGAACACCGCGCAUCCUGCGAAGACUAGGGUCGUUGUUCACCGUGAACGAGCGCGUCUGCCUUGUUGGCGAAUGGACUGAUGGCUUUUUCGGCAUGGUUGCUGUUGCGGCUUUUGGAAACGGCGAUAUCUAUCUGCACUUUGACGAGGACUUGGUGACGAAUUGCCACGAGUAUCCGCUGAACUACCGGCGCGAUAUGACGUAUCGUUGGCCAGUCCGCUUGCAACCAGGUGACGAAAUGGGCGGCUUUCGACAAGGAUCUUGUAUCGUGUUGCUCUUCGAGGCUGCGGCAAUGGUUCGAGACGAUUCCACGUCUGGGCAUACAGGCAGAGAUGUUGGUUUUCUGGUGCAACCCGGUGCCUUGGUUCGUACGGGUGAGGCAUUGUUUCGGGCGCCGUAA